AUGGCGUUGCUGGAAGAGGCACGCCGCCAGCUGGAUGCGGAGGUGCACGCUUACAUCCGCAGCAUGCAGCCCACCCCACCUCUCGCGCUGUCGCUCAACAACGGUGUGGGCGCUGCGGCUGCGGUGGUGGCGAGAAAGGUCCUCGCUAGCGCCGCUGACUCCGCCGCCAGGGCCGUCCCCAUCAAGCCGCCCAAGAGCCAUGAGACUGGGGGUGGUGCGAGUGAUGAGCCGCAUGCGAGCCGCACGGCAAAGUUCCCGAAUGUGAAGCAAGCCCGCUCGCGCUUGUGGGAGCUCAUCAAGAAGCUUCAGUGCGCCACCUUCGUAGCGACGCAGGUGUCCGCGACGGGCAACGACGCAGCCCCGGCUCUCCGCGCGAGAGCUUCCAAGAGUGCUCUCAAGACACAGACCACUAUUCAUCCGGCGGUCAGCGCAACUGCUGCAAGCCACGGCGGAAAUCCCACCGGUGCUCGCGGGAGGGCAGCCGACGCCGACACCGUUGAAGACGCUGCCGCCACGAAGGCCGGGUCCCGCCCACCGUCACCGCCGCAUGGCUUGGUGCGGAUAGCAUCGACGGUGACCAGUACCACGACAGCAGGAACGGGGCGCGGGAACACUGCGGAGCACAACACCAGUGUCAGCCUGAGCCAACUGAACGCCUCCUUGGCGUUUACACGGGAUUGCCUUCACCACGCAGCCACCCUCGCCGAAGCUGGGCUGGGCAGCGACGCGCAGUUUUUCUUUCUGCAGCUCAUCGCCCAUGACAUCACCUCCCCGUACGAAGCAGUGCUGGGCCGCUGCGUCGAGCAGCAGUCACUGGCGGAUGGAGACCCGCUGCAGAAUUCUAAUAACGCAUCGGCAGGCUCGGUGGCAUCAGCAGCAGCGACCACCGCCAUGCGUGCCUCUCGCCGUCAUCACCUGAGCCUGGGCGGAGGGUGUGGCCGCGAGGACCGGAAGCGCACAUCCACCGCCAACUGCCCCGAAAACGCCGGCGGCAGCGGCGCCAGAGCAACGGCAGAGGACGCGAACGUAGAGGAGGGCGUCCGUGUGACGGACGCCCUCGACGUCUUUGCGCCUGACGUUCCUCUCCCGUUGGCUCUGCAGCUGCACAAGUGCGUUCUGCGCUACGAGGCCCUCUCCCUGUACAUCCGGUUUGGUGAGAUCAUGAGGUCCGAUGUGUACGGCGAUGCUGCGGGCUCUGCAACAGCCCUGAAGGCGUGCGCGUGUGUAGAGCAACUGGUAGCGCUUGAGCAGCGCGUCUUGCGCACCCCCGCCUUUAACGCAUCCAACAUCCUCAAGCGCGAAGCAGCAAAGCUGAGGGAGGACGUUGCCCAGGCCACCGACGCGCCCCCAAAGACGGUUGACACCAUCGUCGUGGCGGGCUGCCGACUCGUUGACUUGAUGGCGGAACCACCGAUGGAGUCCCCUUCGUCCGUGGCCUUGGUUCCCAACGCACGUACGCGAGACGGCAAGGCAGCCCCGCGCAUCUACGCGGUCGAAGAUACCGCCGCCCCGGUGCUCUUCGCCAUGCGCCAGUACGUGGCGAACAUGUGCCAGCGACUGCUCGCCUACCUCUCCACCACCUCGGCCGUCGCCACGGCAGCCGCGGACAUGACGUCGUCUCCUCCGUCCGUAGCGCACCCCACGAAUGUCGCCUACCGUCUCAUCGAAGCCCUCCGCACCUCUCUCUCCAUGUCGGAGCUGCAUCACGUAGAUAAGCGCGGCCCGGCACCCCCCGCGCAGAACACCACGGAUGAGCGCAUUCGCGGCGGCUGUGGCGACAAAACCUGCAUCCCGCUGGCCACCGUCGAGUAUCUUCCCUGGCGCCUGCACGAGUACUCGCUGCUCCAGAGCUGCUACAUACACCUGCAGGAGGACCCAUCGUCUACCUCCGCCGCUGUCGCGGUCGCGCAGCGGGCCCUGCACCAGGUCUUGCAGCUCAUGGAGCUCGAGUACCUCGAUCCGGUCCCGCCGCCUGCGUCCUCUGUGUACCUCUUAGAGUCCGCGGUGCAGCAGUGCGCUGGGCAGCUGCUUGUGGCGAUAUGGAGAGCGGCGUUCGUCCAGGACGGCUCGUCCUCCGCGAUGCACCUGGCGUCACCAGCGGAGAUGGUGUCAAAGCUGGCGGCCAGCAGCGGCAGUUGUGAGUCGCCGUGUAACUCAACCGCGGCGGCGGCCACUGCGAACUCCACCAUGGUCUCCAUCAGCGCCCUUAUUCAACAGACAGUAGCACUUCUCCUCUCCGUGCAGUGCUCGUCGUCGCCUGCGGCUUCAGCGACGUCGCUCGUAAGCUUUCCGCCACGUGCCACGCAGCAGCGCGGCCAGGGCUUGGGCAACUCUGCCGAUAGCAUGGAUGGCACCCGUCUGCUGGUGGUUUUUUGGACGUGUAUCGCACAAGUGCAGCAGCAUUGCAUGCUCCUCGCUGGUAAGUCAGAGGCAGCUGAUGCACUGCGCGCCGCUGCAACAAGCGGUGUGCAGUACGACGACGGGGAUACGCCGAGCGAUCCCGCGAGUGAAGCAGCGUCGGGCAAAGGCCCCGUAUCGCCGUCAGCUAGCGCCUCCUCAUCAGCAGGAGGAGGGUUGCCAGGAGCGAAGUCUGCCAAGAAGGGCAAGGCCCCCAACUCGAGCGGCGGUGCCGCCGCAUCAACGAACCACAAGCUGAACAAGGAAGUGGAGGAAGGGGCGCAGCUGUCACAGGAGCAGGCUGCUGCAGCGACGGCCGCAACAGGAGCGUCCUCGUUUUCGUUGCCCACUAGUAUUGCGCACCCGCACCCAAGUGUUGUGGCCUUGGCGACACGCUUUCCACGCAUGGCACUGGAGCUGACGCUGCAGCUGAUCACGACCAUUGAGGCCGCGGGCGUGGCACCUUGCUCUACAGGUGGCACCGGCACCCCCAGCGGUAACAGCAGCGGCGGCAGUGAAGCUGUGGGACGGUGGUCCAUGGGGGCGCAGCGGCAGUUAUCGAAGGUGGAUGCCGGCUUUGGCGCCAAGGAUGGUGCAGAGCGUAAGUCGCUGAAGAGCACGCGCAGUCGAGCCGCCAGCAUGACCAGCUUCAGUGAGGCGGCGGCGGCCAUAUCCAAGGGCGUUGGUCCAUCUGCUGUAUUUACAGGUGUGCACAUCCGCACGCUGCACACGAUGUACCGACACUGCGUGGAGACACUGGAGGUACUCCUGCAUGGGGCCGCAGUGGCGGUGACAGAGCUGGCGCCCGUCGGCGCAGAAACCUCGGUGUCACCGUCGUCAUUGGUGCCUCAUGGCAGUGGCACCCGCCUCGGCGCCCUCACCCACGCGACCGUGCUGCGCGAUGCGGAGGACACCCUGCGCUUUGACGACGGCGUCGAUGUGGUCGCCGCUGGCGCUGCCGGGGCUGUUGGCGGUGCGGCCAACUUACUGUGUGCGCCGACAGACGCCACUGCGGCUGGCACCUCGAACGCGGGGCGGCAAAACCCCCGCGAGGCGUCGCUGAUACCUCGAUGCUUCCUGUACAACGCGGCGGAUGCGCGCUGCCUCAGCCGCUCCCUGACAUGGGAGGCGCUGUUCCUGCCCUCGUCCCUUAUGGCACCCGAGACGGCUGCCGCGCUCGCAGCGCGCGGUGCGCGUGAAGACAUCGACGACGGUGUGCAGUGCUCUGUGGCAGCGUUCCGCACGCUCGCCAUGGCGUCCUCACAGCUCGCCAUUGUCGUCCGAAUCGGGGUGGCCUUGGAGUCGUGGUGGCGCCGUCAGCAGCAGCAGGCAGCCACAAGCGCCACGCUGGCGGCAACGACAACCGCGAGCACCACCGCCAAGGGAGCGAUCUCCAGGAAGAAGCUGCACAACAGCGCCACGGCCCCGCGGGCAUCUACGCCCGCGACACGGUCAGUCGCGAUGGAGGCCUGUAUACGGUGCAUUGAGCUGCUCCGCGUAUUGGCGCUUGGCGUGAUGAUUCAACGGCAUCAGCAUCGCGUCGCAAAAGACGAGAGUGCGCUGACGGCAACGCUUCUCGCGUUUGGCGCCGUAGAGCGCGCACUGGUCGGUGCUGACGCACCCACCACCCCCACCAACGCCCUGCUGCCUCCUGUGCAGAGUCCAACAGAGGAGCUUGCGGAGUACGCGCGCCUUUACUCGCUUGCCCAGGUGGGUCAGCGGCUCUCUCAGCUGCAGCGACGGCGCAUCGGUGGUGAUGGUCGCCAUGUACGCGAGGUGGGGUUGCGUGAGCUCACAGAGAACGUGGGUCUCUCCAGCGUCGAUACCGCAGCCGACAGCUGCAGCAACAGCAGUGGUGUAGCCGCUGGCGACUCGCUGCCGUGCACCUCUGCACCGCCCCAGUCACUGCAGCUGUACCGAGCAUCUGCGGCGCUCCUUGACAAGGUCACCGCUGCACUCUGUGCACUGCCGCCGCCGCCGACCUCUUCCUCUGGGGACGGCGCAAGCGAAAGCCUUGAGAGCAGCGGUGUCACGGCCAUGGCGGCUGGUGGGCUGCAUACGCCGAUGAUGGCCGCCCUGUCGGUACUGAAGCCUGUUGUGGCGGAGGUCGCGUCGUUUCUUCUCCGUUGCGGCGGUGAGCUACGCAGUCAGUGGCAGCGGCAUCGCGCACUCCGGCAACUGCGCCAACCAACCACCGUCCACGGCGAGGCAGUCAAGACGGAUGCUUGCGCCGUCACCGCGGAUGCGCCGCUGUCCGCUGAUGAGCAGGAGCUCAACGCGGAGGCCACCUACGCGACGUUGGUGCUGUCUGUGUUGACGUCGAUGUGGCGCAGCGGCACCAGCGGCGGUAUGCAGCCUCCGGACGACCGCGGCGUGGCCAGCCUGGUGCGCAGCGUCGAGUCUGGGUUCCUGCAGCUCGUACCACCGCUGCCCUCAUCUUCGGCGAAAGCAGCGGCGGCAGCGGCACAAACGCGCGUCCCGCCUGCGCAGCUCGCGCGACUCAUCGCCCACGGUGUGACGGCGCGUCGACUCGUAGAUCGCGCACGGGGGCAGCUCCAACGCCGCGUAGAGUCUCUGCUAGCGCACGCAGCUCCUCAGAACGACAUCAACGAUCCUGGCGCGCCGGCUGCGGCGACCGCUGCGACAUGCGAGAAGUCCUCGAACGUUAGUCACCUGAGCACGGCACGAGAUGCCUUGACGGAGCUCACCUCUCUCUGGGUGGCCGUGCGGUGGCAGCUCGCACGUCUUCAGGUACACAAGAGCGGCUACGCCGCUCAGCACAUGGACCUAGAGACGCUGACGGUGCGGCAGGAGCAGCAGCAGGUGUACGGCCGCACCACCGCCAAGGAGCUCCGCAUCUUGCGCACUCUGGAGCAGGUCACUCCCGUGCUCCCUGUCACUGCCAGGGACGAGGAGGUGCGCCUCCGCCGCUGGGUGGCGGAGCAACGCCAGCAGCAGUCACAGUCGCGGAUGGCAGUGCCAAUGAGCGCGUCUUUCCUGCUCCUCGACGCGCUUGUGUGUACGGCGCUAGUGCCACUGAACACAGCCGACCCGAGCGCACAGCAGCGUCUGCUGGAUGAGGCCAUACGUGCCAUGCUUCAAGCUGAAGAAGAGUGCGCCGCCAAGAAGCCGCUGAAGCGCAGCGCGAAUUUGCGCGGUACGUUCUCGUCAACACGCGCGGCAACGGCGGUAGCGGCCGAGGCGCUCGUACUCUACACACCCGUGCUGCUGUGGUGCUACCUCGCGGAGGCGUGCUACCUCUACGGCACGCGCGAGCAGGCUGAACGUGUCGGCGCGGUGUUGGAUGCGCAGAUGUUAAAGGAGAUGCCGGUCACCACCAACUACACCAACGACGGCGGCGCCGUGACGGCCGUCACCACGUCCUUCAUUCAACGCCUCAUGCUUCAGCCGAAGUGGUCUACGCUGCAGGCGAGCAGCACAACAACGCAGCUCGCCUACUGUCGCACACUGAGCUCCACGGCUGCGGUCGACACAAGCAAGACCGCAUCAGGCAGCGACGCGCUGGGCAGUUUGCAGAUUGUGUACCGGCUGGUGCUGGCGUUGCAGAUUCAACAGAUGCUGGGCCCGUUGGAGGCGCACGGUGGUGGGUCAGAGGGCACCGGAAGAGGCGCCGUUGGUUCUCCGACGAGGGGGCGAGAUAGCUUGUUGUCCUCGUCCGCUCCCCUCGCCUUCGCGUCCUCCCCGCUGGCGGUCGAUACGGCCCAGCAGCUGGUGGCUGCAAUCCUGGACUAUCUCACACGUAGCAGCGGCAACACCGAAAGUAGGCCAACGCUGAAGACGGCUGCGGCGCCACUUCUCCUGCCCCCGCUCGUGGCGCUGUGCGAAGUUGUGCUAGGGCUCCCCCCCUCCUCCCCAGAAUGGGCCGAUGCGGCGGUGCAGCUUCUCGCUGUGCGCGUACUGACGCUCUUCAAGGAGCAGCUGACAUACGUCAUGUCGUCGACGAUGACUGCGGCGGGCGCGGUGGCGUGCCCCCCUGCUGUCGCGGAUGCGUUGCUGCGGCUUCUUUGGGCAACGUUAGUGCAUGUGUGGAACAAUGUCUUGCGCAACCCCAACGCACGGCAGCGCCGCUUGCUGCUCGCCGUGGCGCGAGAAACUCGGUGGGCGCGGCGCGUGUUUGACGGGCACCAGCGCCUGAUGCAUCAGGAGCAGCAGCAGGCGGCGGAAGGUACUCUGGAUCCCGAAUCCGACGAGAAGGGCGCAGGCGGUGGUGGCAAGAGCGGGCGCCACGCGCGCAACACCAACAGUAGCAGCUCCGAGGCUGCAGCCGGGGCUCACAGCGACAGUAGCGCUACCACGGACCCCGCGUCCCAGCUCGGCUUUCCGGGCGCGGUGUACCUCCCGUUCGAAGGCGCGCUCGAUGGUGGGUCGAGGGCGCAGGAGGUCCUUGAAGCGAAGACAGAGAAGGGAGACGGCGUCAUCCGUACCGCCAGCACCGCCGACUCGUCGAAGCGGAGCUCCGCCUGUGUGCCCAGCACGGUACCUAUGCACGCCAGCGCCCCUGCUGAUUUGGUUGAGCUCCUGGAGGAAGUCUUACUUCAUACCCCGACGCUUUGGCCAUUGAUCUUAUCUGCCGCUGUGGAUGGCGGUGCAGUGACUGACCCGGAUGCCGGCGCGGAAGGCAGCGCACACGAGGCUGUUAGCGCCAUGGCGUCACUCAAGCCGCAGCGACGAGGCAAGGACAGUGCAGAGGAGGCGGAGCAGCAGCAGCAGCAGCAGCAGCAGCAGCCGUUGAUGGACUCGCUCGCGGACUUUGUGUGUUCUGCAGGUCAGAACGCUACGCGUGUGUUGCGCUCGCAGCCGGCAGCGCCGAUCGUGGACGUGGCGUCGUCGUCCUCUGCCUCCGGCGUACAGUCUUCGCUGCUGCGGUUGCAGGGGGUACCUGCCAUCUACGCAGAUGUCGUGGUGGCGCUUCGGCAGUACAGCGCGAUGAUUACGCAUGGCGCGGCAACGGCGCUUACCGGCACGGCUACCGCCCGUAGCGGCCGUGCGCACACGGGGGGCGGCGGAGGCACGGCUUCUGCGGUUCUCCUAGACGUCCUCAGCAAGUACAGAGAUGACGCCGCCUAUGCCAAGAUGGCCGUCCACAUGGUACGGGAGAUGCUGACCAUGUGCAGCGACGCGCACGACAACCUUGACAACGGCAGCGGCGGUGGUGGCGGCGCGAUGAGCUCAAGCCCCGGCACCAGCACGGCUGCUCGAAAGCGCAACACGGGCACCAACGCCCCCGGUGCAGAGGUCGGCAUCACCUCCAUCGCGGCGCGCAGCACAUCCGUCGCAGCCGCGGCCGUCAUUAUUUCGGAUGUGCGCCUCGUCAUGCACACGGUGCGAGAGCAAGUGGAGCAGAACCGGCGCUCUAUGGAGGCCUACCUCGACACUGUGGACUCAGAGACGCGGGCGUGGCUGGCGCGCGAUGGGUACGGCCUGUGUAGUUCCCCUCAGCACCAAGUCGCCGCGAACGCCGGCGCCAGAGAGUCAUUGCCAGUCGCCGAGUCCCCGAGGAAGAAGGCGGCGGGGGGCGCGGCGGCAAGCAAGAGGAGGCUUGCGAACCGCGGCGCCGCUGCCAAGAAGGGUGCGGGCAAGUCGAGUGCGCCGGACGGCAAUGGGGGCGGCCACGAGGAUGAAGAGAAGUCGAGCCAUCCAGCAGACGACGAGCCGUCCUACACCACCGUCACGCGUGUGUGGAACGUUGCCGAGCAGCAUAAUCUGAAGCAGCUUACCCGCGCCAUUGCGUGGUGGCGACGACGACGAGCGGCACGGACGCUGCGGCACCGCUACACUCAGUACAACAUGCCCUUCAUGGCCCAGAUGCACCUGUACGAGGCAACACUCCUUCACAUGGGAGUGACAGCACAGUACGCGGCAGUGACGCACGCGCGUCGUGUGCAAGAGCUGCUGCGCCUCGUCAGCGGUGACGGUAGCGGUGAUGGGGAUCCACUGACGGGCGCGGCUGUCGACAGAAAGCUAGCCGUCAACCCCACUCCCAGUGCAGCUGCCCCUGCCGCUACUCAAGGCGGGGGCGCAGGUAGCGGGCGUCCCAGCAAGCACUCAAACAGCAUCAGUGGCACUCUGGCUGAGAUGCCGGAGGACCUGGCGCAGACCACCAUGGAGCUCCUCCAGCACUGCACCCGCGCAGCCCUUCUCUUCCAAUAUCUUUGGCUGCCCACACGUGCCAGCAGCGCGGUGCAACUUGCGGUGCGCCACCUGCAGCAGUUCCGUGUGACUCUGCCACAGAAGGGUUUGUCCGUCUCUUCGGCGGCGGCGAUAACGGCACGGGUGAAUCAGCUGCUGGAAGCCCCCCUCUUCUGCAUCGCCGCCGUGCAGCACGGGUACUGGGACGCACGCCGCGAUGUGCACGCAGGGGUGCUCCAGCCGACCGUAGUGAAGGUCGGCGCGGACGUCAGCUGGCGCCAUCGUUUCCGCUUUCACCGCAGUGUUCCGUCGUUGCUGUCCCUGAUGUCGCUGCUUGGACAAUACGAAGAGAUGCAGUCCGUUCAGGAAGCUCGCCUGCACGCGCGGCGGCAACGCCAGCACGAAGAGCUGCAGCUGCGCCUAUGCGUGGAGUCAGAGGCGACGACUCGAUCGGAAGCUGAGCGGGAUGAGCUGCAGGCCAAGGUGAAUAUCCUGCAGCAGGUGCAGGAGCUGCUGCCGCAUCUCAGGCAGAGCGCUGCAGUAAAGGCGACGUUUUUAGUCGCAGCGGAGUUGUUGACGUCGUUCGAAACGGGCUUCGAUCACCUCCGGUCGCGCCACAGAAGCCCUCAGGGACUCCCGGAUGCACAGCAGACCGUCUCCGUGCGAAGUCGAGAGUCGGUUCACGCUGCCGCAGCGGAAGCAGCUUCCACGAUCCAGUACUUCACCUUUGAGAGCGUACCACGCGGCGGCUGCGCCGCUGCGACGAGCGGUGCUCGAGGAACAAUGACCAUGACCGGGUCCCACAAGGAAGCAAGCCGUGGCACUGCUGGGCAGCUCAACACCUGUAGCGGCAGCAGCGGUGGUGACACCGCAGGACUCGACUCCGUCGGCGCGCCUCACUACGGUCGAGACAUGUGUGAAGCCGUCCUUGUCGAGCAGCUGACAUGCCUUGCGCGUGUAGUUGUUUCCGUCCAGCCGACACGCUGCGAAGCUGCGUACCACGUGGUGCAGCGUCUCACCGGCGGCCGGUACGCUGAUGAGGUGCUGCCGCUAAUUCUCCAGAUAGAAAGUGAGUCACGUGGUCAAUCGCGGCCAGAGACGCGGGCAGCGUACGAUCAGGCGAUACGCAACGUGCCGGAAGUGUUCCUGUUGCUCCGAGCUGCGCGAGCGGCUCGAGCGCAGCUGUCGACCAGCGAGGUGCAGGCAACCAAUACUCAUCAGAAGCCGCUGCUACUCCAACACAACCCUGCGCCGGCCGAGAGCCUAUCUGCGGAGGCGCUGCCUACACAAGACCCCAGCGCAAGCGGCACCAGCUCUUCUUGGAAGGCCGCGAUGAAGCAGUAUCAGCGUGCCGCCCAGGGCCUGCGCGCAGCGGGACUCAUCCAAGCUCUCGGCGAGUGCCUCUACGAAGAAGGUGGCCUCUACUACGCCGCCUCCCACGUCAGCGAGGCUGCGAAGCGCUGGUCCGAUGCAGUCGACUGUUUCCUAUCUACUCCGCACGCGCUGGAGGACUGGCAUCGGCACCGCACCGUCCCCCCCGCACCACCCAGUGGCCGUCGAAGUCUCAAGGAGCUGCUGUGGAUUACUGCUGCGCUCAGCGCUUUGGCGAAUCACGCGUUCCCGACCGACAGCCCACGCGCCACAGACGCAAAACUUCUCUGCGCUCUCCUCGUCCACCAGUACUGGCGGUUGCCAGGCGUGGUCUCAGCCGCCGCCUCUAGCGAUGGCGAGGGCCGCACCGCCGUCACACGUACACAGCAGCCCCACCUUCCCCCCGCGCAGUACUGCCUCCUCGACGUCCACCACGUCAACGCCUCGUUCAGCGACGCACUCCGGCCGACGGUCCUCGGCGUGAGCCAGCAGCACUCGCCGACGGGGAUGCCAGGCGCCUUGGCUGACGUGACGCGUGGGUUGAUCUCGGCCGCCCAGAACCUUCUAGCCAAGCCCUCCUCCGCAUGCUACAGCAGCGAGUCCUCCGUCCUGGCAGCUUUCAGCGACUUCGUCGCCACGACCGUCCUUCAAGACGUCGAGUUGACGGUGGAGGCGCGGCUGGUACGCGCGGCAGCAGCGGCACAGCUCGGCAGCUUCUCGGUGGCCAUGCGCCACAUCUACGGCGUGUGCAUCGGCACCGGGCUGCCGCAGCCGGCACUCGCCUCCCUCGGCGCGGAAAAGACCUUACCGGGCUUCUACUCGCUUGGGUGCGCUGCCGCAUCGUCAGUUGGAGCUACGGCUGCUGCGGUGGGCACCUCGCUGUCAUCGCCGCCGCCGAGCAGCAGCGCCACGGCGCCGUCGUCCUUCUACAAGGAUGAGGAAACCCCGUCCUCCCCGCACAACACGGCAGCGGUGCGGGCGUUCUUGGCGGCUUGUCUGCCGGGGCUUCCCUUGGACGUUGUCGCCAAGCACAACCCCACCGUCGGCAACAGCGAGGCAGCUGUCUCAGCCCUUCUACCCUUGACCGUAGGCGUGCUGGCGUCGGCAGCACUGGAGGAGCGCUACGGGGCGUGUCUUACGCGGCGUGUGCAGUUGGCUAUCUCAGAACUGUUUGUGCGUCUCGGCACGUGCGACUCGGCUUUCCUGCUCACGGCACCACCAACCGCGGCGGCGGCAAGCUCAUCACUGGCUACAUUCACCUCUUCAGCGCCGAGCAACUCAACAGGCGGUGGCGGUGGUCCAAAUCGAACCUCGCUCGGUGAGGCCAUGGCAGCGCCACGUGUGGGAAGCGGCGGCAGUCGGGCCUCGCCACCGCCACCGCCACCACCAGCAGCCACUGGCCGCGGUGAUCGGCCUGUCAACGCCUGCACCGAAGCCUGCCGCUACGCCAGCGCGCUCCUCCAGUCUCUGGCCAGUCCAGAUUUGUGCUUCAUCCUCACUGGGCAACCUUCUCCUUCUGGCGUGAUGGAGGGCGGCGGGGCCGCCGGGGUCGGCGCGACUCGCCCCUCCGGUAACUCCGCAGCGGCGGCCACCUCGUCCUCGCAGGCGUCAAGGGCACGUCCCGGCACCUCGUCCCACGGAGCCGCAGCAGGCGCGUCUGAAGCAGUCGCCGCAGAGCCUCUCGUCGAUGUCUCGAAGCCAGUGGACAGCACCGACGGUGGCGGCGGCGGGAGCGUUGCACCCGGUUCUCCCUGCGCGGCGUGGCUCGGGACUCUUGGGGCCAUCCGACACCACGCCCUCCUCCUCACGGCAGAGCUCCUCGCGGCGCAGGGGCACUACGGUGCGUGUUUGCGGUGGCUCACCGCGUGUAUCGCGGAGCACAAUGAAGCGCAGCAGUACAAGAUGUGUCAUCAACCGCGGGAGUCGUCGUCAUCGGACCCCUUUCCGUCGUAUGCGGCCUCCACCACCACCACCCACCCGCCGUCGCGCUUGCAGGCCCCGCGCCCGUCAGGAGCCUUUGUCGCCACGCCGUCCCCUACGGCGCCGGCACCGCAUGCCAUGUUGAAGGGCCUUGGCGUUCAAGGCGGCGACCAGGCCCUGGCACCUCUUUUGGUCCCCUACGAUCACUGGGUGCGUGUCUGGCUCCUCAUGUGCCGCUGCUACGGUCAUCUCCGCCAGUACCCGCAGCUGGAAGAGGCAGCGGGGAGGCAGGGGCUGCCCCUGUGCACCGCCUUCGGGGCUGCGGGGGCGCACAAGUCCGACAACGGCAGCGUCUACAGGGAUGCCAGCUGCUGGACAGUCUUUCAGCUGUAUCGGCUCUACGCAUUCAUGCAGAUGGGUCGCCUGCGCGAGGCUGACAACGUCGUCGAAGCGCUGGAACUCGGUCAUUCUGCAGCAGCUGCGGUCACGGCUGAUUCGCCAGCGAUGGGCAUCGCCGAGGACAGAUGGGUAGCGGCGGCGGCCCUUCGGUGGUGGCGCACGCAUCGAGGCGAGAAAAUCGAGUUGGCUGCGUCGCGUGGUGCCCUGGAGCAGCUGGUCCGAUUGGCGAUUACGGAGCGCGGUGUACUCCCCUGGCAGUCAUCGACGUGCUCAUCCUCGUCAUCGUCCAGCGCCGUUGCAUCCCCGCCGCACCAACAGCAGCACUACGUGCUUGUAUCGCCAUCCGCCCGCACGAUCCUCCCUUCGCUCUCGCUGUCGCGGUGUGCAACGACGGCGACGCUGUGGAGACUGCAUGACACAAUGAAUCACCACGCCCUGGAGCAGCAGCACCCCUCGAUUGCGGGAGUGCCCACGCCUGCCGCUCUUGGCGGAGGGGAAGCGAGCGGCGAUGAAGCACAAGCCAGUGGUCGCGCUUCACAGCAACGCCUCACGACGCCAAACCGUGGAGGGAUGAGCAUCAGCACCGGCUCUGACACGGCACCCACUUUGCUUACCUCCGGCGUCCCUGCGACAGCCCCCAGCGGCGCGGCCGCCUCGCUGGUGCAAGCGCUAGCAGUCGUCAGCCCUCAGUACAUCACGUCGGCGCACGCCAGCUUCUGGUUCGAGUCGCAGCUGUGGGCAGCGCAGCUGAAGGUGCAGGAAGUUUGUGCACACCUGCUGGCAGAGGCCCGUGAGGUCGAGGUGGAGGCGGUGGUUCGAGGCGGCGGCGGCGGCCCAGCGACGAGGGGCAAGAGCGAGUCGGUGUGUGUCGCAUCUCAGACGGGGGCGCCGCCGCUAUUGUUCUCAAGAGAGGAUGUGCUACGCGCCCUUCCGGCCCCUGUCCGGAACGUGUGUGAUGAGCUUCUUCGCGUGCUGCACUGCUGUGUCGAGCUGCCGGUACAGCGACACGCGUAUGUGCGUGCCAUUCUGCUGGACCUGACAAGGGUUGUCUCCACCUACGUCCGCCUGCUCCGCGCACGCCAGCAUCACACGCCGUUGCCACAGGGGACGCAGUCCUUUUCACCGGCGACGACUGCCGAGUCCAGCUUUCUGUCGCAGUUGGAAAGCAUCGCGGCGGCGUGUGCACUCUUGGCGGGGCUGGUCUCGGACAUGGAGCGGCGCGUGCGCACCGGGGCGGACAGUCUCCGCGGCUACGCCACAGACCCGCGCGUCACAGCCGCCGCGAGCGCUAUUAGCGAGGCGAACACCGAAGAGCAAGGACAGACACCGUGGCCAGAGUCACUGUGGGCAGCGUUGCAGCGGACACAAGACACGGUAGGCCGAUUGGCGCCCACCGCACACAGCGACAACGCCGGCGGCAGUGCCGCCGCCAGCCCCGCUGAUGUUCUCUCGAACCCAUUCUACAGCAGCCCCGCCACCCAUCCGAAGCAGCUGCCUCUGAGCAGUGGAGCAGCCUCUUCCGCGGGCAGUACCGGCACCGAGUCGGACCGCGGAGCCGGUGGGGGUCGUGGGCAUAGAGGCGGCACCAAGCGACCGAGCGGAAUCCCGGCGCCUGGUACGCUGCCAACUAUGUCCGCUACGGUGGCAGCGCAGCUUAGUGUGCCGACGAUGGCGUUGACGUACGCAAUGCUGUGCAAUGAAGCAGCCGCGGUGCGCGCGCUGACACCUGUGACCGACGCUCUCGAGCACGACAUUGCGCAGCAGUUGGUGACACGCCACCUGCAGCACCUUACGACGCCGGCUAACUGCACGUACCUGUGUUAUCGCGACAAGGAGCGUCAGGCGCUGCUGGAGAGCGUCGGUGCGGUGCUCAGACAGCAGCAGCAACAGCAGCAGCAGCAGCCCUCGCGGCGCGGCGGCAGUGGUGGUCACGCCCGUCGCUUAGGUGCAGCAUCGUCGUCAUCCACCAACGCGGCGACUGGGGCGGGUGGAGGCGGCGGCUCCCUGCCAGGCGUGAGGUUCACAGAAGCGGAUGUGUGGAGGGCGCUGGCACCGCCGGUGUUGUUGUCUGCAGUCCCGACGAGCCUCUUCUCCGCCCUUGGAGCCGAUGCGCUGGGGGCGCCGCUGUACAACUCCGUCGCUGCCGCCGCUGUCUGUGUCGUCGCUGGGGCGGGGACUGCAGGAGGAGCGGCGCCCAUCGUCGGUCGUGACACCAGUGAUCGAGGAAACGCUUCGCAAGCGCGGAAUUCCUCCAGAGGCGGCGCAUAUGAGGCGCGCUGGCAGCUGUACCUAUCCGUGUCACCUCUACAGGAUCCGGAAGUGGCCGCUGCACCGCCACCUCUGCUGCCCGGCUCGGUGGUAGCGUCUCUCGAAAACUGCGUCCUGCUGCCACCAAGCCAUAUCCUCAACGCGGUGGCUGCGAGCGCCGAAAGCAGUGGAGCAGGCGCAGCAGCUGCGAUGACGACCACAUCGGCAAGCACUUCUUGCACGGUCGCCUUUCGUGCGCGUAUCGCAUCACGGCAGUCUGUCGCCGGUGGCAGCGCAGGCGUAACGGGCAGUCACGCUCGCUGCACAGGCGGUAGUAUAGCAAGUGGUGCGGAUCGUGGCACAGGCGGUGCUUGGUGGCCUCCCAUCAUCGCGAGCGCAGCCACCUCGACGCGUGAGUUGCUGGUGCCGUCGACGAACUGGGCAUUACUGGACUCCAUCCAGCAAUGCCAGCUGCAACACCAACAGCAGCAACGAAAAUCGUCCAAGCAGGACACCGACGGCGGUGUCAAGCUGCUACCUUCGCCGUCCCUGGCGGCUCCCACUGCGCCUGCCACUCGUGGCGUGCGCAAACUCGGGCGGAGGAGCAGCUUCACCUCCGUUGCAGCGUUGACCACAGCAGCAGGAGGCGGCGGUGGUGCACCAAACGCGGCACUGCAACACAAGAACGAAGGGGCAGCACCUCCCUGUGAGCCGGCGCCGCCACGAUGGACGUGCGUCUCUCUUGAGGUCUCCGGCAGCACGAUGCGCGCUCUGCGUCGACACCUUCGCGUGGUGCGAGCGUGCAUGUGGCGGGUGGAAGCCGAAGAAGGCACCGCCAGUGGCGCAGGCGAAGAUGCUUCUGUUCGCAAGAACGGCUGGGGCAGCAGCAGAGGCACGGAGGACGCGGUGAGCGGCGCUACUGGGACUGGCGCUUCGGCAACACCUGCCGUGGAAGCCCACGGUGCGAAAAGGCGAGACGAUCACAGCUCGGGCGUCGCCUCGCUCGCCGUCGGUUGCAGCAGCGUAGACAGCGAUGCACCGAACGAUCACGCGGCUGGGGCACGCAGCGCCUUGGCAGCCGCUGUCGCACAAGCCCAGUCAGCCCUGCGGUCGCGUGUACUGGCAGGCGGUAGUGGUGGCGGCGGCGGCGUGGGGGGCAUGGCUCCAGGUGGCAGCGGUGCGCCUCCGUCCACCGCGCAGGGAGCGACGGGAGACGGCGGUGUGCGGGUGAGCAUCAACAGCAGUUACCCUGGAGGGUCAUCCUCGGCAGGAUCGGCGGCCGCGACGAGUCCCUCGACCUCCGCGGGGCGAAAGGCCGCAAACAAGACGAAUGGGCCGGGGCGUAACGCACCGCGCGCCAGUAGCCUCCCUGGGCAUGGGAACGGCGCCCACACUGCAGGUGGCGCAGAUGGGCUGCAAUCUGGGGUUCGGGUCACGCAUGAUCUCGCAGACGCAGCGCGGGCUCGACAGGUCGCCGAGCGCCGCCGAAGGCUCCAGCAGCUUGAGGAAGAGCUCGACGAGGCCAAGUCAACCCUGCUGAUGGAGUUUCUGGAGACCAUCGUGAGCGCCGCGUGUACAUCCUCGCUGUGCCCCACCUCCGCAGAGGCCAUGCUGGACGAGGCGCGCAUCGAGGCCGAUGUGCAGCGACUCCUUCCGCGGUGUGCUCUCUCCAGUGACGUGGUUGGCUUUCUCGAAGAGUGGACCGGAGGCCACGCAGUCCUCAACGUACAUGGGAAAGAUGUCGAUCACGACACUUGCGGUGACGGUGGCGACGACGCCGACGGCGAAGACGGCUGCAGCGGUCGCAGCAGAACCACAUCCCUUCGCUUCUACAAUCCGGGCUUGCACGAGUGGAUGCAGCGCAUCUCGCGCUACGUGGUGGAGCAGCAGCAGCAACGGUGA